AAUAAGUUCGCAAAUUUUUCACCCAUUUUGUUAUCACCAGUUUUCCUACGAUAAUCGAGUAAAUUCUUGCAUCGCACUGGUGUAAUUCACGUUGCCAAGAUGACUUCCAUCCGAAGGCAUUCGAGUUCAGUGUUAUUGUGUCGUGUUUGUGCUGAAAAUCGUCCCGAAAUGCUGCCGAUUUUUUCGGAACUGGAUGGAGGACCCAUCAUUGCAAGCGUCAUCGCCGAGUGCUCUGCCGUUCAGAUUUUGGAAGAUGACGGUCUAUCGGAAUCUAUCUGUUCGGAUUGCGUUGGCGAAGUUAAAUUCAUUAUCCGUUUCAUCGAUAAAACAAGGCGAUCGGAUCGGUUGUUGCGAAAAAUGUUCAAAACGGAAAUGAAAGAAGAGGAGGAGCAAUUAUAUGCGUUGGAAAUUUCCGUUCUUGAUCAUCCGGAACAUGUGGACAUUAAGAAUGAACCGAUAGACGAGGAGCAGGAGGAAAUGAUAGAGUCGGACCUUAAUGUUGAAUUCGAUGAUGGCAACGAUAGCGAUUACUUAGCUGAGAAUAAAAGCGACUCGGACGAAGAUUAUCAACCCAAGCGGCCAAAAAUGACUUCUGAUGACAACGCUUCAGUCCCGAAGAAAACUGAAGCAAAGUGGAUUGAUGAUCUUGACGAAAUAGAGAAGAACACAUUCACAAUCGUAGAUGUUGAUGAUAAGUUGAUUUGCUGCACGUGCUAUAAACUAUUUGACUCGGAAGAUGAGCUAACGUCGCACGGUAAAAGCAUCCAUGAAGCUAAUCGAAAUUUUAAAGCUUCCAAAAAGCAUGUCUGUCGAUAUUGCUUUAGAAGAUACGCGUCGCUAGUCGCUCUCAAAGCUCAUUACAAACAAGUCAAAUCGAUCACUAAAGUAUUCGACUGCCGAAUUUGCCAGGCACGGUUCACUGCAUCUCCAAAGCGCCGACACCAUGCCCACAAGCAUCCCCCUUUGGUUCCAAAAUCAUCCAUCAUUGUAGCACCCAUUCCGGUUGAAAUACUGGAUGAAUGUGGUAAAAUCUGCUGUGCUCAGGGAUGUACCCAGGUAUUCGAUAGCGAAGAGGAACUUCUAGCACAUUCCGUCAACGCUCACAAAGCCAACAGGGUGCAGUCCUCGUUGUCGACCAAGCAUCGUCCUGUUGAGUGUCAAAUUUGCUAUCGAAGGUUCAUAGAUGAAAAUGGACUCAAGGCACACCAACAACGGAUUUACAUGCCCAAAAGACAUGUCUGUUCGAUUUGCGGGUUGAAAUUUGCACAACCCGGUGAAUGCAAGCGUCAUGAAAGAGAUCAUCAGAAUGUAGAUAAAACGUUUAAAUGCGAGCAAUGUCCAAAAUCUUACAUCAAUAUGGAUCUACUGAAGGCACAUGUAAAACGCCACUCGGCUACCAGGGAGUUCAUGUGCAACAUUUGCGGCCAGUCGUAUCUGCAGAAGCAUAAUUUGAUGGGACACAUGUUGAUGCAUGAAGGAAAGCUGCCAUUUGAAUGCGACAUUUGUAAGAAGGCGUUCCGGGUGAAGGCCAAAAUGAUCUACCAUAAACGGGUACAUUCCGGAGAGAGGCCUUAUCCUUGCCGGUACUGCAACAUGGCUUUCGCCGACAGCACAAAUCGAUUGCGACACGAAAUGUCACACACGGGUGUCAAGCCGUACAAAUGCGAUUAUUGCGAGAAGACUUUCAUCACCAAGCGAUUGAAAAAGGAGCAUGAAAAUACUCACGCCUCACGCAAUCAGAAAGGGAAACACAAAUCAGAAUCAUUGUAGAUAAACAGAGCCAUCGAUAAAGGGUGAUGUGGUUUUGCUGUAUGAACAUUCAAUAUCAGAACAUAGGACAUAUUUGUGCGAUG